AUCUUUUCCUAUUAAUCUUGCACUUCAGUUCCAGCAUUCCUAACCUGUUAUGUCAAUUUGGGUUUAUAACUGAGUGUGAAGUUUCAGGUUUCCCUUCCAGAAAUUGGGCGGAGACACUCAAGCAGCUGCGAGGACUAGGGAGCGGCUAAGAGUUGGAAGACGCCAAACCAGACUGUUAAGAAAAAAGAAAGCAAGCAAGGAAGGAGGGAGGUAGGGAAAGAAAGAGGGAAGGAAAAGAAAAAGCGGUUAGAGCCAUGAGGACCACGAAACACCUGGGAGUGGAAGAGCAGUCCUCUUACCCCUAACUCCUAAUACUCUCCCCUCCACCGACAUUUGGAUCACCUCUCUGGGAGAUGAAGUAAACACCGGCACAGCCCCGGAAAACACCCGCCGAAAAAGAUGCCUGCCUUCAACAGAUUGUUUCCCCUGGUUUCUCUGGUUCUCAUCUACUGGGUCAGCGUCUGCUUCCCUGUAUGUGUGGAAGUGCCCUCGGAGACGGAGGCUGUCCAGGGCAACCCUAUGAAGCUGCGCUGCAUUUCCUGCAUGAAGAGGGAGGAGGUGGAGGCCACCACGGUGGUGGAGUGGUUCUACAGGCCCGAGGGCGGUAAAGAUUUCCUUAUCUACGAGUAUCGCAAUGGCCACCAGGAGGUGGAGAGCCCCUUCCAGGGGCGCCUGCAGUGGAACGGGAGCAAGGACCUGCAAGAUGUGUCCAUCACUGUGCUCAACGUCACUCUGAAUGACUCUGGCCUCUACACCUGCAAUGUGUCUCGAGAGUUUGAGUUUGAGGCCCAUCGACCCUUUGUGAAGACCACACGGCUGAUUCCCCUCCGAGUCACUGAGGAAGCUGGGGAGGACUUCACCUCUGUGGUCUCAGAAAUAAUGAUGUACAUCCUACUGGUCUUUCUCACCUUGUGGUUGCUCAUCGAGAUGAUAUAUUGCUAUAGAAAGGUCUCAAAGGCUGAAGAGGCAGCCCAAGAAAAUGCGUCUGACUACCUUGCCAUCCCUUCAGAGAACAAGGAGAACUCUGCAGUACCCGUGGAGGAAUAGGAAGGGCCUGACUUGAGGUGGCCUGAACACUUAAGGACUGGAUAUCCCAGGUUCUGUGAUGUCAACAGCAUCAGGAGAGUGCCCUGUGGUCCCCAUCGCUUCCCCCCCUGCAUCCAUCCUUCUACUCAUUCAUCAUAUAUCCACCCACCUCUGAGCUCUCACCUCUGACUUCCUAACUCCAUCAGAACUAUACACAACAUGAGACUUUGCCAGAGCUGAGGAGCCAGCAUUUCUACAUGGAUUCAACUUUGUCCUAUCCUUGCUUUCAAGCCAGCUGCUCCCAGGCCAAUUGGAUUGCUCCCUGUGCUCCAGAUGACUUCAUACAAGUGCUGGAGGUAGCAUUUCCCUCUUUUGCUAACUGGCUGGAACUGGCUCAUUCUCCAUUGCUUCCAGAGAAUGGAUGUCUUACUGGAAGGAGGAAGCAAUUGUUUCAGGUUUAAGCAUAUCAUGGACUUGGACUCUUUGAAGUCAGUUUUGACAAGUUUGUGGCCCACUUGACUAGAGCAUCAGAGAGAAGCAUGCCUCUCUAGGUUCUUCAGUGACAAAGAUCCUUAAGCACAGAACUAAAAUGCUUUCUGGAGCUUAGUACUCCAAGACUAGAUGCCCCCCGCCCAGGUCUCUAAGGCCUGGAUUGCACCCAAUCCUUCCAUGAAGCCAAGGACGAGAGUCUUGGGAAGGACCCAGGGCAAUUUAAGUGGCUCUUAAGAGCCGUACAACAUACUCCUGAUUUUAUUGGAAUGAUGUAUGUGUGCCCUUUUUGGGAGCACACACCUUGGCAGUGGGACUGAAAUUUCUAAGUUCCUCUCAAAAUAUCUGUGGAUCAGUAUUAGUCCUCAUUUUACAAGAGGCAACUGAGGCUCACACAGAGCUCAACCAAAUAAAAGACUAGAGAGGACAAACUAUACAGAGAUAAGCUUUGGAUGUUGCCCAGUUUCCACUCCACAGUAAGAACAACUUUGUUUUUGAAAAGAUUUUGACACUGAGCUUGGCUGUGGCCAUACCUCUUGCACAAGCACAGAUUUGAGAUGCAUGGUACAGCUUAGGUUAACUGCGAUAGAUUCAGGGAACUAGAAACUGGCCAAGGAAGGAGACAGAAGUACAUGAGAUAGAAGAAUUUUUUGUAAAGAUGUGUGAAUCUGAAACAUCCCCAGGAGGAAAUUGCAACUGAGCACAAUAUUCAAAUAAGAAAAAUACAUGUCAUGUCAGUCUGAGAUGGAUGAUGAACAAAGUGAUAGGGGAAAGAUGGAGAGGUGGCAUCCAAAUACCUCACCUGUGAAUCUGUACUGUUAGGUAUUUUGUUUUUCUUUUGGUUUUUGUCUUUUCUAAAUUUUUUUUUUUUUUGCGGUGCUGGGGAUUUGAACUCAGGACCUUGUGCUUGCAAGGCAAGCACUUCACCAACUAAUCUAUAUCACCAACCCUGUCUUUUCUAAAUUUUAAGAGAGCAGAGAAAUGGCGGGAAAAUUGUGAGUGUCUCAUUUUUUUUUUUAAUUUAGUGACUGGUCCAAGUGUCUAAAUGUGAUAUCCUUCACACUUAGUGAUGAGAGGGAGAGGAGGUUUUAUGUGAUAUGAGAAGACAAAAGUGCUGGGAUUCCAGAAGAGGGAUGGCCCUCAAGACUGGGGAUAUUGAUCUGAAAGAUCAUUCUCCACUGGCUUUGGGCUUCACAUGACAAGCUCAUCAUCUCUUCCAUCUGGGAGGACAUACUUGAAACACCAUCCUUAACAUAUAUUAAAGAGUCUGGUUUGCUGAAGAAAACAUUUGCAAUAAAUUCAAGACCAUUCUUAUUGGUAAUUUUCCAGAUCAUCUUUCUGAAGUAAAGGAGAUGAUACAGAAUGUCUUUCUUAAUUUAUAAUUAGGAAAAUAGGCCUGAAUUAGUGGGAGGUUUACCUAGUCACAAUUCUGGUUGAUGUCAGAGCUUGUAGCAGCAGCAAGUCACCUCCUUCUCCUCCACUUUCCUCUUGGUUCCAAUGGACCAUGCAUCUAAAUUUAACUAAGUGGUAUGCAUGAUUGCCUUUUUCUUUCCUUUUUUAAAAAAAAUAACUUAGAUGUUUUUUAACUGAUUUUUCAUGAGACCAGAUGAUGCUUAUCAUUUAUUCUUCACAAGUUAUCUUCUUUGUUCCUUUUAAAAAUUUUUCAACCCUUCUCAUUCUUGAUACCUUCGUGAGAUUGGCAUGCAAAAUCAUUUUCACUCCAUAUAUUUUAUUUCUUCUCCAUUUCUUCCAGUCAGGUGAGUGUUUAUUAAUAGUCAAUGUUACCAAUGAAGAAAUGGAGGCUCUCUGAUAUUAAGUAGCUUUAUUACAUUAUCAGGUCACUUUGCUGAUCAGUACAGAGCUAGAAUCCGGGUCUUCUGACCCCUCUUCCAGUUCUCUUCCCAUUUAUAUACCAUGACUGCUUCCUUUAUGUUAAACGCCCAUCCAACUCUGCCUCUCUUGCUUGUCUGGAUAUAUCCCCAUCUUCUCUCCACCCUAUUCCCACUCUCCUACUUCUCUACUACUUUGCUUCUUGCUAAAUACUAGAAAUGUGCUUUGAGAUCCAAUUCCAUCUUAGUUCUCCUUCUGGUUGGUUUGUAUAUCAUUAUUUCUCCAGAAUUCCAAUUAAACUCCUUCCUGGGAGACUUGAUCAUGACUAUAAAUCUAUGAGGUACUGUGAUCAUCAGUCUAGGUAGUCUUCACCCACCUCCCCAUUUCUUCCCAUAUACCUAUAUAAGAUCCAGACUAAAUGUGUGUAGCUCUGGAAGCUUUAUCUGGUAUGUUGUUGCUUAUUAAAGGGCUUUGAAGAGUUCUCAAGGGCUAUAAUCACUUUAGAAACCCCAUCUGUUGUCUUGGUGCUGGACAUUUCCCAUGACUAAUCCUCAAUAACACAAUUCACUAAAGGUCAACCUAGGCUGGGUCUGAUUUUCCCUUUCUUAGUGUUUAAUAGUUACUCUAUUGGUCCUGAGAGUACUUUGCCCUGUUGACCUUUACCAUCAUCUAGGUUUUGUAUCAGAGCCCCAACCCCUACAUAUCCCUAUCCCAACCUUCAUUUUCAUGGUCUAUUUAACAGCAUUAUCUUUUGGUUUCUCCAUCCCCCAACAUUGCACAUCCAGACAUCCUUCCAAGUUUCUGGCUUCUCCUUAGAUGUCAAACUGGAAAUAUUAGUAGGAAAAGAAUUUUUAAAAUCAGGAAUAUGCUGGGAAAUAUGUAAAGUAGUGAACAGUUAAGAAGCAGAGAUGUGGUCCCCUCCUCUCCUGAGAACUACUAUGUCAAAAAGCAAUAUGUGAGCUGGGUGCAGCACUGUGUGCCUGUAGUCCCAGCUACUGGGGAAGCUGUGGCUGGAGGGUCACUUGAACUCAUGUGUUUGAGAUCAGCCUGGGCAAUAUAGUGAGACGCUGUCUCAAGGCAGGGAAAAAAAGGCAAAAUACAUCUUAGAAUCUCGGAACCCAUUUUACACAUGGGAAGGAAAAGCCUGUAAGAUUGUGUCAUUGCAGGAAAAAGGGGAGGCAAGAGCUCAACACAUUUCAAAUAUGUUUUUGUACCUCUUUCCCAUUUCACAUGGAAAUGAUGGGGCGGGGGAGAGGCAAGGAAAAAAGCCGUUGUCUCAGUUCUUUUUGUAAAUGAGAAAACCCUGACUUAGUGAAUUCACCUAGUCACUGCAAAUAUAUCCAGAUGGCUGAUGUGCUUGCUCACCAGUCUGCUAUCCAUUCACAUUUUCCAGCUCCCACUGUGUUGAACCUAAACAGGCCUGAUGGAGUUAAGUUUGGAAAACAGCAUCAUCCAAGUCUUACUUAAUUUCUGAAAGCUAAAGUGAUACAUAUCUCAUGUUUAGUUCAGCUGAUUUUAUAAAUGGUCCCAGUAGAUAAGCAAGCCUGAGUUACAGGUCAGCCUCAACCUGUCACAAGUCAGGUAAACUGCAGAGCCAGUAUUGCUCUAUUUUUUUCACCCUGUCACCACUGGGCAAGAGCUGCAUCUGAUGGGCAGUGUAUGUGAUGUGGAGGGAAGUCACUGAAGGACAUGUGCUGGUAGGUUUGUGGAAUGCACCAAACACAAUUAGAAAACAGUUUUGGCACAGACGGGACUGUUUCCCACUUCACGACCUUCAUAUUGCAUUUUCUUGAUUUUCCACAGCUAGUCUUUUUCUGAACUUUAGAAAAGUUGCUCCUGACCAUCCUAGCCCUCAACAACCUAAUGCCUAUUUGUAGUGUUUUUCAGUAAACUCUGUUAAUGUCAAUAAAGUGUCUCUAAAAGCCACUGGCUCUGGUUUUGCUCUACUUACUGUGUGUAACUGCUACAUAGCUUCUACCCAGCACCCCAUUCUACAUGGUUUCUACCUAUCACCCCCCAUCUGUAUCAACUCCUAUACCCAAUUGGAUGUGCCCAGAGAAGGGAAAACACAUUUAAUCAUUGACAGUUAAACAUAUGCUCAACGUGUGAUCUAGCCUUUCCUUUUCCCUUUUCUCUUCUACCUUAAUACAAAAGAAUACCAGAGAAACGUGUCUUCUUUUCCGGCAUCAAACAAGUUUCCUAAAGGUGGAGCUAACUGCACAGGAGGAAGUUAUGAAGCGAGGGGCGACACUGGAUCUCAACUCUCUAUCACUGUGGCAAGAGAGGCUAAGGCAAAGCUGCCUCCCAGUGGCCACCUUCCUGAAAACGCCAAAAUCUCGAAAAGGGAAAAGAACCAAAAGGAACUGUGAGAAUUCACAGUCCACCACACUCCUACGGUAGUCCUGAUGGAGAUUAAAAAUCAUCUUAGUACAAUACCAGCCACCAUACCAAGAGAUUCAUGUGUUCUUUUUAAUAUAUGUCUUACUUUUAAAACAAUGAGGAUUGGAGUGACAAUUGGAGCCCAGGGCCACACUGCUGGUAAAUAGUGAUGCUGCAAUCUGUACUCGGGUGUGAUUCCAAAACUUCUCCACUGCACUUGAUCAGGAUGCCUUCCUGCCCGGAGGUGGCUGGCUGUACGUGAACCUGCAUACCCGCGCACACGCACACCUUCGGGAUGUGCUGUGAGCAUAGCUGGGAACACCAGAAACAUUCGGGAUGAUGGGAACUGAUGAAUCAAGCAAUAAACACACACACCAUUGAUUAUUUGU